GCGGUGCGCCUGCGCGCGGGCGGGGUUGCCGUGGCGACCGGGCGGUUCGCAGUUUGUCCUCUCUCGCCCUCCUGCGGAUCCCCUGGUCCGCGCCUGCCGAGGACUCGGCCCUGACGUGGCCGAACGUGCCGCGGGGGGAGUCAGCGCUUGGAGGACCCAAGGUCGAGGGCCACCCCGCAACCCGGGGGGGAACUCGAGUGAGAAAAUUGACCUACGAGAGGGCAGGGCCCAGUUCUGGGUGUCGAGGCCGAGGCGGGACGGCGCUUGCGCGCGGGCCCCCCAUCCCUCCUUGCCCUUUCUUCCCUGUUCUCACGGAGGCGAAGCCUGCACAGUUGGACUGGCGUUCAGUUACCCCCCCCCCCCUCCUUGCCUCCCCACACCUUUCACUGCAGGACGUGCACGCGCUAGCGCGUGUGCUUGUGUGCGCGCGCACGUGAGGUUGGGGGGGCUGGUUGCUCAUGCAGGCAACGGUUGGGUGCUUCUGUGCACGUGUGCAAGCAGAAUAUCUAAAGCCACGGGGAAAAUGGUGGAAAAUUCACCGUCGCCAUUGCCAGAAAGAGCGAUUUAUGGCUUUGUUCUUUUCUUAAGCUCCCAAUUUGGUUUCAUACUGUAUCUUGUGUGGGCUUUUAUUCCUGAAUCUUGGCUAAACUCCUUAGGCUUAACUUAUUGGCCUCAAAAGUAUUGGGCCGUUGCUCUGCCUGUGUAUCUCCUCAUUACCGUAGUCAUCGGUUACGUCCUCUUAUUUGGAAUAAACAUGAUGAGUACCUCUCCACUCGACUCCAUUCAUAAUAUCACAGAUAACUAUGCCAAAAAUCAACAGCACAAGAAAGACCAAGAAGAGGCCAUCCCAGCACUAAGAGAUAUUCCUAUUAGUGAAGUAAACCAAAUGUUCUUUCUUGAAGCUAAAUAACUUUAUACCAAAAACAACUGUAUGCAGACUAAUACCAAACAUUUAUUAUAAAUUUUUGACAUAAAGGUUUUAACCAUACUAAUUUAGACUAUCUUUCUGAUUAAUAUCCAGUAUUGAAAUGUUUAAAAAAAAAAGAAAGUAGGUUGAACUUCUCUUAUAUUAAGUUCUAUUAAUAUUAUAAAUGUUAUCAAAUAGUAGUUAUUAAUGGACAGAAUAAAUACUGCAUUACCAUGUGGCAAAAAA